AAAUAUAUAGGAAUCAUAAAUUUAAUCUAAAAAGUGAAAAACAGAAACGGUUUUUUAGUUUUUGUUAGACGGAAAAUAAGGUGUGGGAGAGUGAAGUGAAGCAAUAAACGACGAAAUAAGAGAAUUUAUAUCAACGAAAUAAAAAAAACGGAAAAAACAAAUUUUGUAAAAUCAAAAUCGAGAGGCUAAUGGGGAAGACAGGUUGGUCUACUCCUCUGCUUUUCCAAUCAAAAUUCUUCUGUUUCUCUCUGUUUUACCUUUCCUCCUCCAUCUUCCUCGCUCUCUACACUUCCUUAUCUUCUUCCAAAUGCCUCUUCCGUUCCUCCCCCUUCGAUCCCAUUCAGUUCUCUCUCUUCUCUUAUCCCUCCUCCUAUGGCGAACACAAGUACGCCGUUCCCACUCUCCGAUCCUCUUGUUCUUCCCCUGUUUUCUUCUCAGAUUAUUGGAUGGUACUUAACGAGAUCCAGGCAAUGCUGUCCAAUUCCUCUUCCGCAUCCUCCAAUUUGAGCUACCUCCUUGCUAAUUCUGAUUCCUUCGCCGGCAAUUUCACUGCCCAUAAGAGAUUUUCCUUCUUCGAUUAUCGAGAUUACGAUAACGCUACCGUUCCGAUUCCUUGUGGGUUUCUCAAGAAAUUUCCUGUCAGUGAUUCUGAUCGUAUUGCUAUGGAGAGUUGUAACGGUGUGGUUGUAGUUUCGGCGAUUUUUAACGAUCAUGAUAAAAUUCGGCAACCGAGAGGCCUUGGGUCGAAGACUUUGGAUAGCGUUUGUUUUUUCAUGUUUGUCGAUGAAAUUACGGUGAAAGGAUUGGAGAAUCAUAAGUUAGUUUCCGGAAAAAACACAUCGCCGGAUAUAACAAUUGGGGCAUGGAGAAUUGUAAGAGUUUCUAGCAAGAAUCUUUACGAAAAUCCGGCGAUGAAUGGCGUAAUACCUAAAUAUUUAGUUCAUAGACUGUUUCCAAAUUCUAAAUUUAGUAUAUGGGUGGAUGCAAAGCUUCAGUUAAUGGUGGAUCCAUUGUUGUUGAUUCAUUCGUUGAUUAUCACUAAGAAUGCAGAUAUGGCUAUUUCUAAACAUCCUUAUUAUAUUCACACCAUGGAAGAAGCCAUGGCCACUGCUAGAUGGAAGAAAUGGUGGGAUGUUGAUUCUUUGAAGCAACAAAUGGAAACUUACUGUGAAAAUGGGUUGAAACCAUGGAGUCCCAACAAGCUUCCCUAUACCACAGAUGUACCUGAUAGUGCUUUAAUCUUGAGAAGACAUGGAAGGGGAAGCAACCUAUUCUCAUGCCUCUUGUUCAACGAAUUGGAAGCUUUCAACCCAAGAGAUCAGUUGGCUUUUGCAUUUGUGAGAGACAACUUGACCCCAUCAAUCAAAAUCAACAUGUUUGAAGGAGAAGUUUUCGAACAAGUUGCUUUGGAAUAUAGGCAUAAUCUCAAAAAGACAAGAUAUACUGGGCCUGAAUUGGACCCCCAAAUCUCCAAGCCCAAACGAACCAAACGGGCCGGCCCUGAUUUGUUGUACGUCAAUGGCAGCUGUUGCAGUAAGUGCCUUGACUAUCUCCUCCUCAUGUGGGGUGAAACAGAAAAUGAUCUUUCAUGAUUUUCAUAUAACGACGCCGUUUCCAACCUAUUAUUAAAAAUAUAGUUUAUAUAUAUAUAAAAAAUUUGAAGAAAAAAAAAACAUUAUAACUUAUAAUAUUGAGGAUUUUUUUUUUCUUUUCAACUUUCAAGCUUUUUAUUUGACCAAACUAGACCAUUUUACUUAUUCCAAUUUUAACUUCAUAUUCAAUAUUUUCAAAUUCACCAUUCAAAUAAUCAAAAGUAGGUAAGUUCUCACUUAAUAUUAAUAAAAUUAAAAUUUACAAAUUUCAACAAAUUCUUGGUUUUGUUAUUACUUUUGGAUUUGAAAAUUUUUCAAUAUGAAAGUGAAAUUUAUGAAUUCGCCCCGAAAGAAUACAGAAUCUCACAAAGUACCCAAAGCGGACAAUAAAUACAAACCCUUCAGUCGAGAAAACGAGAAUUACCGAAUCAAAACCUCAGUCGUAAUGACUACGCAACUUGCGACUCACAGAGCCGACGCCGAGAUCUACUACGGCGACGCUAUCUGCAAGCAAAAAUCUCAGGAUCUUCUUGAUCAAUUCUUCCUUCCUCGCGGCCUUCUCCCUUUAAACGAUAUUCUUGAGGUCGGCUACAAUCGGACCUCCGGUUUCAUUUGGCUCAAGCAGCAGAAGAAAAAAGAGCACCGGUUCCCCGCCAUUGGACGCACUGUCUUGUACGACACGGAGGUCUCUGCCUUCAUCGAGGAGCGACGCUUCCGCCGUCUCACUGGAGUUAAGAGCAAGGAGUUUUUCCUUUGGAUUACCGUUUCUGAAAUUUAUGUUGACCAACAGAACACGAGUAAGAUCACCUUCGGUACUUCGACUGGAAUUGCCAAGUCCUUCCCGGUUUCUGCGUUUCUGAUUGAAGAAGAAACUGAUCGGAAGAAGUGAUUGAACAAAAGAAUCGGUGAGUUCUUCGUAAUUAUGAGUCAAUUCUGGUAUGGAUACAUUCAACAUGAACAAUUUGAUGGUAUAUGAUGAAUAGAGAACAAACUAACUUAAAACUAGGGCACAAUUAUCCUGCUUAUCUUAGUUCAAACAGUCUGAAUUCGGUUGGAGGAAAAUGAAAUUACAGAUGUAGAAAUUACUCGCUGACUUCGAGUUUGAGUUAAAUCUCAAUUGUAGACUCCAUGUACUUUGUUGUGAAAUAUACCAUUGUUAAUCGAUUUACCUAA